AUAACAUAAAGGCAGAGAGAGGGAGAGAGAGAGAGAGAGGGACAGAAGGAGAAGAAGAAUAGGGAACAGCAAAUGGGUUUGGUAAUUUAGCAGGAAGCUCCAAAAUUUAGCAGAGAGAGAAAGAAGAAAGAGGGAAUUCCCAAAUGGGUUUGGGUUUGGGUAAGGGUAAUGUUGCUGGGAGCUACAAAAUUUAUAUGGUUAUGACCUUGUCUUCAUUAACCAUUGCAGGCUACAUAGUUCUCCUUCAUUCCUAUAUCUCAACUGGUGCAAGCGCCAGUGUUUUGGUUUUCUAUCAGCACGUCGUCGCUACCUCCCUCCUCUUCUCUCUCGCUUUCAUCUUUGAAAGAAAAAGAAGGCCUCCUCUUACAUUACAGACAAUCAGCUUGGCGUUCUUGUUGGGUUUGUUACAGAUACCAUUAGGGAAAUUACUUCUGACAUGGAGUCUACGGUUUAUUUCUGCAACAUGCCAAAGCGUCGCUCUGAACUCAAAGACGGCACUCGUUUUCAUUCUCGCAGUGGCUUUCCAGCGAGAGAGCUUUAGCUUCUUCACAGUUAAUGGUCAGGCCAAGUUAUGGGGCAUCACUUUGUCGGGUGUUGGCACCACUAUUAUGAUAUUGUGGAGGGGGCCAGCUACUGCGAUUGUGCGGCCAGAAGGCACAUUUCAGGGCCAGUUCAUUGGGUGGCUCAUGACUGGUGCCUCACUUCUCUCCCUUUCAUUUGCAAAUUUAUUAGUGGAAGAUGUGGCAGCUAAGUAUCGUGGAGUCAUGUCAUGGGUUGCUAUGAUAAGCUUUUGGGGAACCAUUCAAACCGCAACUGUUGCAGCCUUUACAGAGAGAGACCUCACUGCUUGGAAGAUACAAUGGGAGGGGAGUCUUCAAGUUCUGCUCAUUCUUUAUGGGGGUGUGCUAGUGACAGGUCUGUGCUUUUAUGUGACUUCAUGGUGCAUAUAUAAGAAGGGUUCUGUGUUCGCAUCAGCAUUUCAUCCACUGAAUAUCGUCUUCUCCUUCUUUUUAGAGACAAUCAUCUUGAGAAAAGCUGCUCAGUUUGGGAGCAUCGCUGGGGCCAUUUUGGUGACGUUGGGACUUUACCUCCUUUUGUGGGCCAAAUCAAAUGAUACAAUGUCAACAAAACUGAAGGGAAAAGUUGGAAAUUCUACAUUAGAUAAACAUUCUCAUAACAAGCCAUUGUUACGAGAUGAGCUAAAUUCUUCUGAUCCUGCAUAUCAAUGUGCAUAAUUGAACUAGCUCUUAGAAGUAAGUUAGCCAUAUGUCUUCAUCUCUACUGUAGAAUGAAAAGCGCUUUCUUUGUAGAUAUGCUCUGUUAGAGACAAAGCCAUAAAUACUAUUAUUGUCAUAUGUUGAUCAUAAGCAGAAAAUUCAUGGGAUGAGCUUCUAGCUCAGUGGCAGGGAGAUGGGCAGUUGGGCUCUAACAUAGGGCUCUAGCAUAAGUUCAGGGAAGGUUGAAGUUUUGAUCUCCUACCUCCUCACCUUUUUCUUGAUAUGACAGUGAUUAGGUUGGGAGUUUAUAAUAAGUGUGGCUGGCUUCUUGUGACCCAAUUGUUUUAUCAUUCAAUAAGGUGAUCGCAAUAUAAGCGGUUUAUGCACCUUU